CUUAAAAAAUUAUCUCGUUAGUAAACAUCCAUAUUUAUCACGAUAUUUUAAUUUUAAUCUUUCUAUUAAGUGUAUACGUAUUUAAAUAAAUAUUAUCACCGCUAGAUGACAAAAUACACAAUUAAGGGUACACUCCUACUAGAAAUUAGUGAUUCCUGAUACAGUAAAUUAAUGCUGGGUUGAAUAUUUUUGAAUACGGUGGGUCAUUAAAAGUACUCUAAUUUCGAGUUACAAAAAAAUAAGAGCUGAAAUUUUAGCCCAUGAAAUCAUUACACUUUAUUCAGCAAAAUUCUGGAUUUAAAUUUAUUGCUAUAAAUCUAAUUAUUGCAAAGAGCACGUUCAUUACAUUCGUAUGCAUUUAUAUAAAGGCAACGAGUCUUUAUUUUCCGUAUAGCUAAACAAUUUCAUUUCGCAAAAAUGCAAACCCAAAAUUGUAUAAAGAUUUCGUUAUGGAGUCUAAUUUUCAGAAUAGCUUAUUUUUUCGCGAACCCUGCAUCCUGCGUAAACUGGGCAUAUUUCAAAAUGUAUGAUGUUGAUACCACGGUCACCAACAAUGGCGAGACGACUGUUGUCAUGGAGUUUUACCAGAGCGAGCCUCAUCUAUCAAACGACUUUCAACGAGUUAUGGCCAACACUCACCAGAUAUGUACGAACGGAUUGUGGCGACUUUUCCCAGGAAGUUUGUAUACUUUGACUGGCAGCUAUGGUGCCGAAUUUCCAACCGGUUUCGGAUUUGGAAGCUCAACCGAUUACGAAACUUGCAUUACUUUAAGCCAAUCCGAAGCAAUAGCACUUUCGACUAUGGGAUCUUUGCGCCGAGUUGGUCCUAAAAAUCUCGAAGAUAUUUCCCUUCGUACUUACACUGGUCCAUAUUACUCUGGAAUAGAAUCUGUCAUCGAUGGGCAGAAUAUGGAGGACCGUAACUUGCGAGGAUAUAUGGACUCGUAUGUGAUAACGGGACCCAGGUAUCAACAUCCUGAUAACUAUUCCGCAUUUAUCCCCGUUUUCCAGUUUUUCGAAUUUGAUCGCUAUACUGGAGAAAAGAUGUGCAUCGUAAUGGGAAAUGACCAACAUGGAAAUUCGAUCCCAAGAAAAGGCGCAGCAUUCACGGCCAGCGUGUAUGAGGAGAAAGUGGUGGAUGGCGAAAUGGGAGCUCGGUUUGGAUCCGUUAAACUGAUUCCUUACUCCUAUAUGUAUUAUAAUACAGAGAGCAGUUGUCCACAGAAUAGCACAAUCUAUGUUCCCGAGGGGGAAGGUUAUGGAGAUGAUGACUAUGAUAAUACCUAUUAUUCACAAACUUCUAACGGGGGUGGUUAUGGUUACAGUGGUGGCUACAAUGCAUACAAAAGUGAUCCUUCGCCAAGAGCAAGUCACUAUUCUCCAAGUUACGAAUCGCCCAGUUAUCAUCCACCAUAUUCUCCACCAGCUUAUCAACCAACCUAUUCUUCUAGUUAUCAUCAACCGAGGUAUUCUCCACCAGCAUAUGAACCGCCAGCUUAUCAACCAAGCUAUUCUCCAUCAUAUGAACCAAGCUAUUCUCCUCCAGAUUACCAACCAACCUAUUCUUCUCCAGCUUAUCAACCGAGUUACCAGCCAAGCUAUCAACCGAGUUAUUAGCUCGGUUAUCAACCGAGUUGCAUCCCUACGUAUCAACCAUCUUAUUCACCACCAAGUGCUUCAGUUGUCACAAAGAAAAGUUAAAUACAUUAAAAAUCGAACCCUACUUAUCCUUAAGUAAAAGUUACCAAUUAGUAUAUGUACAUAGUGAUGAUAAUCGUAAGAUCAAUUGAAUGCUGUAGUAAAAUCAGAACGAUAUACAUCGACAAUCUCUUUCAAAUCAUAUUAAAACUAUAAUCUUGAAAUUUCUUAGGUAUAUAUUAUAGACAAUUGCAUUAAAUAAUUUAAGUCAUCUGUCAAAAACUCUAAACCGUCAAUAAAAUUGUAUAAUAAACAAAGCUAUUCAAUUCUA